AACACUCAACUCAACCCAGCUAAGAGAUAAAAGGUUAAGCGUGGAUAUAUAGUAUUUAACAGAAUUGCGUAUAAUGUGUUAUCACGUUGAUAAUGUACUUAACCCUAUGUCUACCUGUUAUCGCUGCCUCUCUGUCUCCUUUUUGCUUUUCUUCGUUUCUUUAUUUUCUUCUCAACCUGUCUUCCUCCUUAUAUUCUCAUCCUUCCUCCCUAUUCCCUUCUUGGGUUCCACUCCUUUUUUUUUUCCUUUCCUUUUUCUCUCUACCCAAAAGCCUUCUAUUUUUUGCAACAAUUUCUUCAACUUAGUCAUAGUAUUUAGUUAAGGAAAAGGGGUUUUCUUUUGUUUUUUUGGCAAGAACAAUGACUAUGAGUAACAAUAUUGGGCAAUUUGGUGACACAACUUUAACGAAAGUUUUCGUUGGAGGGUUAGCUUGGGAGACUCCCAAAGAAGCCAUGAGAGAGCAUUUUGAGAAGUAUGGUGAGAUCCUUGAAGCUGUCAUUAUUUCUGAUAAACUCACCGGCAGAUCCAAGGGCUAUGGAUUUGUUACAUAUAAGGAUGCUGAAGCUGCUAAGAAAGCUUGUGAGGAUGCCACUCCUAUUAUCAAUGGCCGCCGAGCCAACUGCAACCUUGCCUCCCUCGGUACUCGCCGCCCGAGGUCCGCCUCUGCUCCUCCGCUGCAACAACAAGGAUCAAACGUUGGAUCGAGGGCCACGUCAGCUGCACCAGCCAAUGUGCAGUGGUAUUACCCAGCGAGGAUACCAGCGUCGCUGUUUCCUCAUCAACAUCAUCAGGCCGUUCCUUUUUUUGGGUACUCUCCCACCUACAUUGCCGCGGAUAUCAGCUACAACCAUAAGCUAAGCUACAGUGGAGGAUCCUACAUGAACAUGAAUGGGCAUUUCUCUCAAGUGUAUCCAGCAGGGCAGGCUAUUGUAGGUGCAAACACAUUGAUGCCAAUGUACCCUUUCUAUCACUACCAUCAAUCACAAACAAUGGGAUUACCAGUAGCUCCCCACAUCUUCCAACCAACAUCCACAAUCCCAGCUGCUGCUAUCAUGUCAAAACCUGUUGUAGCAAUUGCUCCCAAUUCAGACAGUUUGCUUGGCUGUGGAAUAGGUACAGAUGGCAAUGGUGAAAGCUUUAAGAAGGUUGGCCAAUGAGGGAAGCUGGAAGCUGCUCAGAGCAACAUUAUUAUCUAAUCUGUCGCAGCUCUUCUUUCCAAUAUAUAAUUUUCUUUAAGAAAAAAAUUAUUUAAUUAAUAUUUAUUCUUAGAUGUUUGAUAAUAUUCUUUCAUUCUCUUUAUCUGCGUCUCUUUCUAACAUCUAAGCUUGAGCUGCGAACCGUUAGAAAAAAA